GGGAAAAGACGACACAACAGGCAUUCAGUAGGGCUCACAGGCCUGGGGUUUUCGGUUAACUGCAAUUGAAGUGAAUUGGCUGGCCAUAUUAUCCCCCCAUGCCCUUUUUGCGGUGACCACUGUUCUCCUUCUAGAGAAUUGACGCUGGAGGGGUUCUCUAGAAGUCUAUAAAAAUGGCAACCCAGUAUGCGGCGGAGCUGGGGGUGCUCCUGGUUGAAGAUAAUUUUGGCGAGCUCUUCGGGCGAAUAUUCUCAACCCUUCACCGCUAUGACCGGCUCAAUAUCCAACGACUCAUGGCUCUCACUCGUCUUCCUGAAUCUCGACUCCGCGCGGCGCUAGUUGCUAUGAUCCAGCACCACCUUGUGUACCACUUUACUGCUGUUGACGAAGGCGUUACCUACUACAGCGCGAACCUACAGUCUGCAUACCACCUAGUCCGGACCGGCAAAAUUUUGGAGCUUGUUGAGGAUCGACUGGGAAAGUAUGCGGCAACCCUCAUGUCCACCAUCAUGUAUCUCGGUCAUGCGCAAGUGAGUCAUCUCGAGACACUCCCGGAGUUACAGGCGCAAGCCCCUAUCGCCAACGGAGCCAACGGGAGCCACGAGGAAAACGGAGACAAUGAAGAGCAUGGAGAUGAUGUGAAUGGGCUGAAUGGCGACUAUACUCUAGAGCAAACGAAUCUUCUUCAUCCAACCCUCAAAGCUCUAGCGAGUCAUGGAUACGUCAUUCGCGUUCGAGAGGCACAGCUACAGAGUCAUGCUGACAAUGUCCUUGAUAUCGAACGGACAUUGAAAUCCAAGGAAGAUAUACGGGGCUUGAAAGGCAAGAGGCUGGAAGAGGAGAUGGCAGAGAGAGUAGCUGCGAUGAUGAAGGAAAGACUCGACGGGGAUCUUACUCGUGGCCUAAUGGUCAACGGGGUUCCUCGAGGAGUGAAGCGAAGACAUGGAAACGGGGCCUCAGACGAUGCAGAAAGUAAGCGAGCGCGAAUGGAUUAUGUCGACGAUGAUGAAGACGACGAUGGGGAGGACGACAACGAAUGGUGGGAUGAUGAUGUCCCGAUGGAGUCUUCAUUGACAGUUCGCGUGAACUACGUGAAACUCGACGUCGCACUUCGAAACCGACGUUUCCUUGAACUGGCUGAGUGCGACGCACCCCCCGAAACAGCACAAAUAUACGACUGCUUGCUCCGACGUAUUGAGUACCAAACCCCCAGAUGCCGUGACUCCGUCGAAAUCCCCCGUGAAGGCGAAGAAGGCGAACAAUACUCCGUUGCCAUCCCCCUCUCCUCCAUAGCCCGCGACGUCGACCCAUAUCUCGACCUCACAGGGUCUAUUGCGCCCAUGGAUGGCUCUCAAGCCAGCAGCCGACUCGGAAAGCGCUCUUUUGAAGAAACCGAUAACGGCAACGACGAAGACAGCCCCAACGGCGUCAAUGGUUCCGCGUCAUCCGGCAACCGCACCUAUACAAUCGAUCAACAUCUCUUCUUACUCGCCCAACCCCCGCUCAACCUAACCUCCAAACGCACCGUUGGCGGCCUCUCCACCUGGGUCAUUGAGUUCCGCCACCUGGCCCGGAAAUUGCGCCACUUGGAGCUGGAACGUAUGAUCGAGUCCCGCUACGGCGACGUUGCGCUGCGGGUCGUCCGCGUGCUCCGAGCAAAGGGCAAACUUGACGAAAAGCGCCUCCAAGAAAUUAGUCUCCUCCCCUUUAAGGAUCUCCGUCAGGUCCUCGCUAGCAUGCAAACCGGCGGCUUUGUGGACCUCCAAGAGGUACCCCGCGACGCCCAACGUCAGCCCUCCCGCACCAUCUACCUGUGGUACUACGACCCCGACCGCAUCCGCGACAGUGUCCUCGAAGACACCUACAAGUCCAUGGCGCGGUGCUUGCAACGGCUAAGGGUCGAGCGCAGCCGUCUAAAGGAGUUCCUCGAGAAGACCGAGCGCAGUGACGUCAAGGGCAACGAGGAACGGUAUCUUUCCGAGGGAGAGCUGGAGCGACUGCGUGAAUGGAGGGCAAAGGAGGCGCUGCUCUUGGGCGAGGUUGCCCGGUUGGACGAUAUGGUGGCUGUGAUGCGGGAUUAUUAAAUCAUUUGCAUCCCCCCCCCCCCCUUUGUUUCAUUCGUAUGAGAGUUAUCGUCAGGUAGGAUUUCGAGUCAGCAUUUUGCAUGGAGUUAUGAGCGAUGAAACAAGAGAGAGAGAGAGAGAGAGAAA